ACAACGGGUCAGUGAGUCACAUGCAUGGUAGGAGGAGAAUGAAGUGAGUGUGAGCUGUUGAUACUCCACUCAGCUGUUCUGGAAUGUCCCUUACAUUGAUCAAAGCCUAAGUCGUGUGUCUCGCUACAUCUGUGCAUAGAACACUUCUUAUGAUGUCCCUCUCCCCUGUCCAGUCUGAAGUGGAUGUACACGUUAUUGAGGAAGGGUUACACGGACAACGAAUAUGAAAGCUGGAGACAUUGUUCCCAUUACAGUGAUAUGUGUCGUUUAAUACUCUGACUGUAUGCAUAGAACCGCCUGUGCAAAAAAUCCGCUGUCUGAACCCAGCGGUGUUGCAGAAUGAAUUCACCCCGUAACUUCAAAAGCUGAAUAUACAUAGAGUUACACAAACAUCACACAGUGGAUCGCAGAUGAUGUAACAGUCUGACUGGGUGUUUUACUUCCUCGUUGUUCAACAUGGAGGGUGUCAGGAUAUUGGUUGUGUUAGUGUGUGUAGGAAGGAUACAGCUGGCAUCGGGUUCCUGCGCAUCAGGACUGUUUGGAGACUCCUGUAGCUACUCCUGCCACUGUCAGACACCAUGUGACGAGACUACAGGUGCCUGUACUGGUGAUUGUGACACUGGAUGGAGGAAGGCAGGGGGCCUUUGCCAGAAACAAAACAUUGCACUGAGCAAGACAGCAUCAACAACAUCUGGAGUGUAUGGAGACUGGUACCCAUCAAAUGCUGUGGAUGGAGACAGUGACAUAAAUGGUGGGGUAGAACCUGUUUCCACGCUGAUGGAUCUCCGUCAGACUGGACAGUGGAUCUGGGCCAGGACUUCCAGCUGUAUGACAUCAGGAUCUACAGUAGAAGUGGAUUCUACUGGAGCUGUAGCACGUGCCAUAAGAUGGACAAAUCACGACCCGGGGACACGGGUGCAUUAAACGGGCACGACAUCU